GCCGACUCGAUACUAGUGCUCUCGCCGAAGAAGCUAUGAGAUGACUUGUGCGUCGGUUGACCUCGUAAGCUGCUAAAUGAUCUAGGAAGUCCUCUACCUACGAUCUGGGUUGUUUGUUGCUAUAGAGGUCUGGAGAGUUGCAUUGGUUUGAGUUAGUUUUGCUUGGGGACAAGCAAACGGUUAAGUGUGGGGGAGUUUGAUAGACCGUUAGUUACACAUGUUUUCACCCCUGUUCUUACACCGUUUGAGAUGUGGUUUCUCGUGUUUUAGACUGAUUUCACGCUAGGUUGUGCUUGUUUGUGAUAUUUCAGGUCCUGGCAAGUGAAUGAAGGUUUAGGAGCGAGUUCGGGGUCGAUUGGGCGAAGAUCGGGCACGAGACAAGUCACAAAGGAGGUCGCACGGGCACACCCACAACCCACACGGCCGUGUGAGGAUGCAUUUUGGCCGCGUGGAAUUCUGCGAGAGCAAACACGGGCAGGAUGGAAAUUUCACACGGCCGUGCGACCCUGGCCGUGCAAGAAGCCUGGAAUUCAGCUAAUUGAUACGCUGCGUUUUGACUCGCACGGGCAACUGGGUGGGCCACACGGCCGUGCAGCCUGCCCGUGUGAGUCGGGAUUUUCUGCUUUUAAGCAGAUUUCCAGCCACAAGUCGAGGGGAUUCGAGUUUUAGAGAGACAGAGCGAUUCCUAGAGAGAGAAAGCGACGAACAAGAGUCUCCAAGUGCCCUAGCUUGAUGUUCAACACCAUUGGAGGCCAGUUUGAGCUUGGAGAAGUGCCGAUCAACGUCCAGGAGCAGGAAUCCAUCCUUCACAGUAUGAAUUCCGCGUCUGAUUCUGCUUUUGCUUCUUUCUCCAUGGAGUAGCUCUCCCAUUCAUCUGGGUAUGGAGAACCCUAGAUUUGUAUGUUAGGCUUUGAUUGUAUGAACCCAAGUACUGAUUCUGUGAUUUGAUUAUAUUCGAUUGAGGUUUGAAUGAUUGAAUGACUUGAAUCCUGAUCAAAUUCCUGUUGUUUCCGCUUUAACCUAGAAUGAGAAUAUCUGACUAGGUUGAUAGAGCAUCCUUGUUUGAAGGUAGGGAGUUGGUGACUUUAGUCGAGGAGCCAACUCACUAUUCUGUACCGGAUUUACUCCGGUAGUGGAGGUUUUGUUUGUUAAGGCCUCAAUCUGUUUACUCCGGUGGAGGUUAGUCGCCCGCUAGAGACUCAGAUUGAGAGGGUCUGAAGACCUUUAGUCGAUACUUCAGGCUGUUUUCUUCCGCAGUAUAACUGUCAUAGAAACUGAACUUGGUAAUUACAAUCCGGCUUAAUUGCAGUCUAGGGGGAACCAUAUCCGGGUGACCUCUCAUAACCUGAAUACAACCGUUUACUUGCUUAGUUAGUUUGUUAGUUUAGACUUGCACUAAAGUUUCAUUGCUAGAUAACAAGAAUUCACUGAGUAGUCAUCAAAUCUAGGACCCGGGUUGAUAAUUAAACUAAACCCACUAUACUACGCUUUAGGAAGUGGUUUCACUUGGCCAAUUCCUGGAGUGACAGUAGAAGUGAGUCAGUGCAGAAAGAAGUUGUGGAGGAUGACAAAAGUGAAGCAGAAUGAGUUCUUGAUCUUUUCCCAGGGGUGAUACUACAUUUUGAAGAAGGAAUGGGGGUUGAAGAAGCAAUUGGCUUUCAGGACGAGGAUGAAGUUGAGGUGGAAGAGGCUUGCACCGGCCAUGAGUUACAUGUGAUAUCUCCACCAAACUUCGAGGACCUGCUAAGCAAGGACCCAUUUGCAGUGUCUCUUUGCCAGACCAAGGCCACAUCAACAUUGGUUCUUCUUGGUGGACGCGAUGGUGGUCAAUCGGUGCUGUUAUAUCUAGUUUAGGGCAGUGAGACGUGAGAAGAGAAGAAUAGGUCUCGAGGAUGGAGACUUCAUAUGUAUCAAGUGCACGAGCCUUCAUCACCUGUCAUACCACUUGCACAUGACUUGAGACUCCACCUCAUCGACGAGAACCUCAACUUCAAAGAGGUUUUGGGGUGGACCGAAGCUUAGGAGCCAUCGUCCGGCUCACGACGUGAAAGAAGCUCUUGUUGGGAGGCAACCCAACCAGUCGGUUUGCAUUUCUUUCCCUAUUUCUCCUCGGUUGAGUCAAUUUUGUUCUUUGAUUUUAGAGCCAAUAACUCAACCUUUGUGAGAUUUUGUGUGGUGUUUGUGUUCCGACUACUCUCUCCUCCUGGAAUGCACCGCCUGCCCCGUCCACCAUCAUUCACACUUGAUCUGGUAACUUCUUUCUACCCUCCUUAUUUCCUCCAUUGUGGACAAUGUCGUGCUUAAGUGUGUGUGUGGGGGGGGUGUUCGAUUAUAUAUGCGUGUGAAUGUUUGGCUGUAUGUGUGUGCUUGGAGCCUAAUCCACUUUACAAAUUUUUAAAUUUGAGGGCUCCAAGUACGUGUUCCCUGCAAUUUCCUGCUCAGUAUGCUUCGAAUUGAUAGCCUUUAUAGUAGUAUGCAACCUAAGGAGGUAGUUGUAGCAUUAUGGAGGAUGCAGAAGUAUAAGAUUUUUCCUAUCUGUCUCCUUGUUGUGCCGGUUGAUUGUGUGAACUAUGGCUUUAGGACCUUUGAUUCAUGUGAUAUGGAUUACUUCUGCUGUGUUUGGACUUUUGUAUCAUGAGAAUGUGCUCAGUGUACUUAAUGAAACGCAGUUGGUCCCCCAUGGAAAUAAUCUAAAAUCUUAAACAUGGGGCAAGUCCAACGUGUGUGGCAUCGUUCAUUGCACAAAUUUGGGUUUUGGAAGAGUUUUAGUGAUCCUUAGUGGGGUACUCCUACAAGGUGAAGCUAAGGUGUCUCUAGUACAAGUAAAAUUUCCACCCGUUGAACGGUUUGCCUUCUCGAGGAUGUAUUUUUAAGGGCACAGAUAGAGCUUCAGACCCCCCUUAAUUUCAUUGACCCUCCGCACGAACUGAGGAAAAGGAUUUAAAAUAAGUACUCUGGCGAGCGACAGAUGUACAGAAAUUUCUCUUGCUCAACCAAUAAGGGUCGACCGCGCAUAACUGCAGUUGGAACCCCAACAGUAAAUGAAAUGAAAGACAAAGAAAAAAAUUAAGAAAAAGGGGUUCCAACAAAUGAAAUGAAAUGAGAAGAGCACCCGAUACAAGAGUCCAAGUUUGUGAGUGUUGUGUGAGUCUCUUUAUCCAUGAAUUGUUUGUCCUAGGUCCACUACUUCGCCUGAUCCUGAUUUGAGUCUAGUACUCGCAUUGAGAGAGAUAGGGGACGUCUUAGAAGACCGGUUGACCUCGUAAGCUGCUAAAUGAUCUAGGAAGUCUGCUACCGACGAUCAGGGUUGCGUGUUGCUAUAAAGUUCUGGAGAUUUACAUUGGUUUGAGUCAGGUUUGCUUGGGGACUGACACGCUAUGACACAACACCUAACAAUGGCCAAGUGUAACCAAUGAAAGGGACUGCAGCAUAGUGGCUCAAGUAAUAAAUAUCAAAUCCACGG